AUGAGAAUUGGGUCAUCUUCACCCAAUGCAGCUUCUUCAUCAUGGAUUCAGGUAACUCAAACAUUUGAAAGAGAGGAGAUUCAGCGUUCGACAUCUUUUGAAAGAGAGGAGAUUGUGCGUCUUACACCUUUUGAAAGAGAAGAGAUUGUGCGUUCGACACCUUCUGAAAGAGAGGAGAUUGUGCGUUCUACACCGUUUGAAAGGAUGACUCUAAUACCUCAAUCAAAGAUGGCAUCAAACACAAAUCAAUCGGUGGCCAUAUUCACAUAUUUAAAAGAAAGUGUCGAUAGAUACCGCGAACAGAGAGUGGAAGUAGAUGAGCGUCUAAAAUCUUUGGAGGCUGAACAAGCACAAGCUGAGCAAGAGUUGAGCACGCUACAAGAAUGCCUAUCCACCAAAGAAGCAAUGAUGAAAUUGAUCGAAGAGAAGCGUCUUUUCUGUUGUUUGUACAGAAAAGCUCCACCUCCGCAGUCUUUAUUUCUGUCCAAGAAAGGAGUGUUUGGCAUUGUCGCGCUCCUCGGUUCAGUCUCCUCUACCUCACUUAGCAGGGUGUUGUCUGAAUAUUUGGGAGAAGACAAAAUGCUAGCUUUGGUAUGCAAAUCGCCACAAUUUGGACCGAACAGUGUUCAGUAUCGGAGGCUUCAAUCUGAAGCAGCUAAGCUCGGAAGAUCAAUAACCACCAAUCGGCUUCAUGUUCGAUGUCUUGAAUCUGAUGAUGCAACCAGUACUUGGAUGGGUGGACUUGUGGAGAAUGAUCCUCAGAGGAAAUUAUCCAUGGAUGAUCCGAAGUCGCCCGAUGGAGAUCCCUUACCGGGUUUUAAAGGCUAUGCGGUUAACAUGAUUCAUUUGGGUUCAGAGGAGUUAACUAUACAAACAUACUCAGGGCACGGGCUUAGAGAGACGUUGUUCUAUGAUCUCUUUCGCAAUUUACAGGUUUAUGAGACACAAAAACAUGUCGAAGCAGCUCGUCCAUUCAUUGAUGGAUGUAAAGCAGUCUCUUUAGAUGGAUUUAUCGUGAAAAAAAACAGAUAUAUAUACAUCGGGUGCAGGUAUUCGACUUUUUUUCUUGAUCCUUAUCUUCAUUUCAUUUCUUACAUUUAG